AUGACUCAGGGAACGACGGCAUCGAGCUCGACAGAAAUAUACACGGAGGAGACCUUUAGGCCGUUACUGAACAAGCUGGUGCAGACGCCCGAGUACUUCACUCCGGAAGACCUCAAGAAAGCGCUUAACCAUCUAUUCACUCCCGGCGUCGUACAGCCCGUGCAAAUUGGAGCAUUUCUGAGCGCAAUACAUAUACAUCGGGUGGAGCGACGACCAGAAUCUCUUGCAGCUGCUGCAUCCGUGUUGCGGGAGAAAGCACUGAAGGCUGCAGUGCAAGACACCGAGAAUGACUUUGUCGUCGACAUUGUGGGAACAGGUGGUGAUGGAUACAACCUUUUUAAUGUUAGCACAACGGCAGGGAUCGUUGCAGCCGGUGCUGGGGCGCGAGUCAUUAAGCAUGGCAGCCGAGCGUCGACCUCGUCAUCAGGUGCAGCAGAUCUCCUUGAGGCCCUGGAUUGCCUUUUCGUUGCCCCAACACCAGGAACACCUAUGCCUAUUCCUCGCGUUCCAUUCACCUUCAUCCUCGCGCCCCAUUAUCACCCCGCACUAGGUUAUAUAACACCAUAUCGAAAAGCACUUCCCUUCAGGACCAUGUUCAACAUCCUUGGGCCCUUGAUCAACCCUGCGAAACCACGAGGAAUGGUCCUGGGCGUCGCAGAGCCCGAGAUCGGUCCAACAUUCGCUCAGUCGCUUCGGGAUGGUGGCGUCGAGCGUGCUUUGGUUGUUUGUGGCUAUGAAAGGCUGGAUGAGAUCAGUUGUGCAGGUCCAACGCACGCUUGGGAGCUGAAAGAUGGUGUAAUUACCGAGUUGACGCUGCAUCCGGAGCUCUUCGGACUGGACGUGCAUUCGUUGUCCACUGUGGCGGGCGGUAAUCCUCAGGAAAAUGCCGAGACCUUCCAGAGAUUACUCAAUUCUGGUGGAAACAUUCCGGAGGAUUUGACGCCAGUUUUGCAUUUCGUUCAAAUGAACGCAGCGGCCUUGCUGGUGGUUGCUGGAGUCGCAAGUGACUUUGAGGAAGGGGCAAAAAUUGCACUUGAGAGCAUCACUUCAGGAAAUGCCUGGAAAGCUCUCGAAACGUUCCGAGAGGCAGGAAGAGCCGCGUCGGCAAUCAUAGUAAAAAAUUAG